AUGGACCCAGCAAAGUUGUUUGGGAAGGCUAGCAAAGAAGCAGCCGUCGACGCUGCGGCCCAAGCCGAGUUCAGCGAGAAGAAGCGCGUAUGGAUCCCAGACGCAACCGAGGGCUUUCUGCCGGGAUGGAUCAAGAGCGAGCCGUCGUCGACUAGUUCCGGUACCGAUGACACCGCUGAAGUCGUUGUCGCAGCGACCGGCGAGACGAGAACAGUGCCGGUCCACACCCUCUCACCCAUGAACCCGCCCCAGUUCGACGGUGUUGAGGACAUCGCGGAACUCACCCACCUGAACGAGGCCAGUGUUGUCAACGAUCUCCGCUUGCGCUAUGGGGCUGGAAGUAUUUACACAUAUUCUGGUCUAUUCCUCAUCUCCCUCAAUCCUUAUCGUCCCCUCCCUAUCUACACUCCCAAGAUCAUCGCGCAGUAUCGCACAAAGAGGCGAGAGGAAAACGCUCCACACAUCUUUGCCAUUGCCGAGCGAGCGUGGCAACAGAUCGGCGAGGAACGGGAGAGUCAGAGCAUUCUCAUUACCGGAGAAUCAGGAGCUGGAAAGACCGAGAACACGAAGAAAGUCAUCCAGUACCUCGCCGCGAUCGCGAGCUCGAAUGACACGACGUCUUCCGCUUCCUCGGCGCCACUCGCAGGACUCCCGCGGUCCUCCAGCUUCAAAGGAAAGGACGUAGCGGAAUUGGAACUCGCGUCUCUCUCCAGCCGGCAUGGCGACCUGGGUCUUCUGGAGCAGCAGAUCCUCCAGGCCAACCCUAUUCUGGAGGCUUUCGGAAACGCACAGACGAUGCGGAACAACAACUCGUCCCGUUUCGGAAAGUUCAUCCGCAUCUUCUUCUCUCCUUCAGGAGCCAUCGCUGGGGCCAACAUUGACUGGUAUCUCUUGGAGAAGAGUCGAGUGACUGCCCGUGCGGAGGGAGAACGCAGUUUCCACGUCUUCUACCAGCUGCUCAAAGGAGCCAAGCAGUCCGGACUCAGUGAUAAACUUCUUCUCGAGGAUGGACCGGACAAGUACCAUUUCCUCUCGCAGUCUCUUCUCCAGAUCGACGGAGUUGACGACCUUGCCGAGUGGAAGCUCCUCAAGGAUGCCCUCGACAUUGUCGGCUUCACGGGAGCUGAGCAGUUUGAGAUGUUCCGCGUUGUUGCUGUCAUUCUCCAUAUUGGCAACCUCAUCCUCACUGGGUCAUCUGCAGACCAGGCCUUCCUACCACCGGACUUGCAGCCUGUUGCUGAGCGCGUGUGCCAUCUCCUCGGUGUCCCAGUUAAGGACUUCAUGAGAUCGGUCUUAACACCUAAAGUCCGUGCUGGUCGCGAGUGGGUCACGCAUGCCCGUUCCAAGAAACAGGCAGAGGAUGAGUUGGCUGCUCUCUCGAAGUUCAUGUACGAGAAGACGUUCGGCGGGAUGGUCGACCGCAUCAACAAGGCGCUGGACCGCCCUAGCACCAAGUCCCUCUCCAUCGGUGUGCUUGAUAUCGCUGGUUUCGAGAUCUUCGACGUCAACAGCUAUGAGCAGCUGCUCAUCAACUACACAAACGAGAAACUGCAGCAGUUCUUCAACUUUCACAUGUUCACUCUCGAGCAGGAGGAGUACUCACGUGAGGGUAUCAAGUGGAACUACGUCAACUUUGGUCUCGACCUCCAGCCGACCAUCGAGCUCAUUGAGAGCUCCCAACCUAUCGGCAUCCUCUCGAUGCUCGACGAGGAGUGCAUCAUGCCCAAGGCGACGGACGUCUCGUUCACCGAAAAGGUUGCGGGCCUCUGGGAGCUGCCCAAGGGUGCUGGUGCUGGUGCGAGUGCAUCCAAGAGCUCGCACCUCGGUACUUCCAAGUUCCACUCUUUGCGGUUCGGCAAGGGCUUCGUCGUCAAGCACUACGCUGGCGACGUCGAGUACAGCACCAAGGACUGGCUACAGAAGAACAAGGACCCGAUCAACGACGCAGUGGCUCGCCUUCUCUCGCAGUCCGAGGUACCUGCGAUCAAGUCUAUGUUCUCAGAGUACGCAGAGGACGCGACCUCGAACGUCGGCGGGAAGCGCAUUAAGCGUGGCGCGUUCCGCACUGUUGGCCAACGUCACAAGGAGCAACUCGGUCAGUUGAUGAAGCAGCUCGCCAGCACCCAACCUCACUUCGUUCGCUGCAUUGUGCCCAACACAGCCAAGAAACCGGGCAAGGUCGACGUCAACAUUGUCCUCGACCAACUCCGCUGUAACGGCGUCAUUGAGGGCAUCCGCAUCGCUCGUCUGGGCUACCCCAACCGCCUCCCGUUCGCGGAGUUCCGUCAGCGCUACGAGGUGCUUGUGCCUGGUGUCGUACCGCAGGGUUACAUGGAUGGUCGAAAGGCCGCCGAGCUUAUCGCCAUCGCGCUCGAGCUCGACUCUGAAUUCUAUGCUGUGGGCACCACCAAGAUCUUCUUCAAGGCCGGCAUCCUCGCCGAGCUGGAGGAGCGCCGUGACAAUCUUCUUACGGACAUUUUCCGGCGCUUCCAGGCUGCUGCGCGCAUGCACAUCCACCGGCGCCGGAUUAACAAGCUCAUCAACAGAGCUCAGGCCGUUCGGACGAUCCAGCGCAACGCUCGCGCUUAUAUCGAGCUGCGCGACUGGCCGUGGUGGUCACUCUACACCAAGGUUCGCCCACUGCUGGCCGCUACGCGCACCGACGACGAACUUGCCAAGAAGCGUGCUGAGCUUACAAUGGCCAAGGAGCGUGCAGAGCGCGACGAGGCGGAGAAGCUGCGCUUGGAAGAACUCCGAACCUCUCUGCUCGCUGAGAAGGAGAAGGUCGAGAAGGACCUAACCUCUGAGCGGUCGCUGGCCCUCGAGAAGGAACAGAUGCUGGAGCGCUCCAAGGUUCACGAGGCGGAGCUGAACGACCGCGUGGCGGAGCUCGAGACUGAGAUGGAGAAGCUCAACAUCGCACGCGACGAUGCCACAGCAACCAACGAGAAGCAAGCGGUUAAUCUCGCCGACGCGCAGCUUCAGAACACGCAGCUCCACAAGAAGAUCGAGCUCCUGGAGAAGCUCAGCACUGAGCAGAAGGCACGCGAGACCGACGUCAUGGGCAAACUCAGCAAGGAGAUUGAAUCAACGACGAAGAUCGAGAACGAGAAGAACGACCUGGCUCGCCAGCUCGAAGACCUGCGUAGAGACGUGGCGAAGCGCGACGACGCGUCACGUCGGGCCAAGGAGAAGGUUGAUGGCCACGCCACCGAGCUUCAGAAGCUGCUUUCCGAGGAGAAGAAGAAGAGCGAAGGCCUCGCCGCCCAAAUCGUUGCACUCAACAGGGACGCGAAGCGACGGGACGACGAGCUUAGAGACGUCCAAGAGAUGUCCAAGGCACACGAGAGCACUAUCAGCGCCAAGCAACUCGCCAUCACCGACCUUGCUCACAAGCACGCCGCCUCCGUUAAGGCGCACGAGGCAAGCGAGGCUGUCAACACUCGCCUUAAGUCAGAGAUCGAGAACCUCAAGGUGACCAUUUCUUCGCGCGACAAGGAGAAGCAGACCGAGGGCGCCGAACGCACCAAGCUCCUAAAGUCUCUCGAUGAGCUGCGGACGGUCAUGGAGACUAAGACAUCGGAGGGUAUUAAGCUCCGUGAGGCUGAGAAGAGCCGUCAGGUCGAGAUUGCCGGGCUGCGUACAGAGGCAACCCAGCACCAAAAGAGCCUCGAGGACUUCAAGCGCAUCACGCGCGAGGCAGCGAGUAAGCUCAAGCUCGAGGUUGAUGCACUGCGCCAGCGCCACAGCGCCGCAGAGAAGGAGCUCAAAUCGACGACUGAGCGCCUGCGAUCCAAGACUAGCGACUUUGAGAAGCUCGAGGCGGCUGCUGCGAACGCAAACAAGUCGCACAAGGGUGUACAGGCUGAGCUCGAGUCGACACGUACUCUCCUCAAAUCGACCGAGAAGGAGCUACGUACUUCCCAGAUCAUGGGAGAGGACCUGCAGCGUGCCCUGCGCGAGAAGGACGACAAAUUUGCCGACCUCGAGGACGCGCUCCUCCCUCUCGAACACGAGCGUGAUAUCCUUCGCAAGCGCCUCGAGGAAGCUAACACGCAACUGGCGAGUGAGAUCACCAAGCGGCAAGGAUUCCAGCGUCAGAUCCACAGCAUGGAGGAGCAGGUUAUCGCGCACCGCAACGACCUCAACGAGCUGGAGCGUGACCUCACUGACGCUGCUGGCAACAUCCAGCAGCGCGACAGCGAGAUUGCGCUGCUGCGCAGCCGCGAGAACAAGACGAUUGUCGAGCACGUUCACGUCCUCGAGUCGGCCAAGAAGGUCACCGACCGACAGCUCAAGGAGCAGGUCAACGAGAACAAGCGUCUGAACCAGAUUCUCAAGUCAUUGGAAACGCACCGCAACCGCCUGCAGGCCGACCUCGACGACGCACAGAUGGAGGUCGAGUCGCUCAAGAAGACCAAGAACAAAGCAAUCCGGCAGGCGCGAGCGUCGCUCGGCAUGGAGGACAAGGGCUCGGCCGCACUUCUGGAGGAAGAACGGCGCGCGCGCGCUCAGGCAGAGGCACGGGCAGCGGCUCUGGAGCGUGAUCUCGCAGACGCAAAGCGGCGUACGUCUGUGGCCGCACUGAGUCCCAAGCGUACCGUUUCCGGCUCCGGUGACAUCAAGCUGCAGCGGGCACUCGAUGAGAUAUCUCGCCUACAGAAGGAGAACACCCGCCUGAGCGAGUCACGGCACGCGAAGCGCGGGAGCCGCGAUGAACUGCUGCGCGGGCUGCAGCAGAGCUCGGAGGCACUUGGGCGAGACAUGAGCGACCAGCUGCGGCGGCUCGACGCGGCCAACCGCAGGGUUGGCUCAAACAGCGUGGACGUGGAGAAGAAGCGCCUUGAGUUAGAGCUCGCAGGGGUGCGGCAGCAGCUCGACGACGAACGCGAGGAGAAGGACUUCUUGCUGGCUAAGCUCACGGGCGACAGCAAGGGCAAGAAGCCUCCCUAUGAACAGGCUAUGUACAGCCACUUUCGUCUCAAGGCCAAGGCACUGCGUUCACAGCUCGACCACUGGCUCGCCAUGGAGGACCUGAACGCCAACAACGGUAAGCUCACGCCGCACUCGACGGGUGGGAGCUCGAGCUUGCCCUUCACCGAGGACGUGGUGCGCCUCAAGGAGCUCCUCAGCCAGCUCGACCACGAGACGUCGCCUUUCACGCGGCGGUAG